CAGGAUCUGCUAUUAACUUGGUCGCGCAUGUAAGUUGUGAACACCGGUAAAGGCGGCACGUUGAGAGCCGUUAUUAACCGGAUCGUUGAUGAAACAUAUACAUAUAUACAAACGGUAACAAAAUUUUCAACGAUUAUUUGAUAAAAGAUCAUCGAUUCGAACUAAAAAAGGGAAAAAUAUAUCUGUAUAACUAUUUGUCUUUCUCUUUCUCUCUCUCUCUCUAUAUAUAUAUAUAUAUACACACACACACAUAUAUAUAAAUAAAAAAAAAAGAAAGGGAGAAUAAAUGGCACCACGUAGAAAUGCGAAGCAAGCCGAUGUUGAGCCCGUGGAAAAAGUCGCGGAAACCGGCGAUGUAUCGCCUCCAAAACGUACAAAAGUGGUCAAACCUUUGUCCGUAAGUCUUGAACAAUUAAAGGAUACGAGAUCUACGAGAUCUACGAAAACACGUAACGCGGAAGAAACGGAAGAAAUAAUAGAACCGGAAUCAGAACCUAUUAAAAAAUCGAGAGCAAGAAAUAAGGUAGUGCCUGCGAAAUCAACAAAACUUGCAUCUCAGGAACAAACAACGAAAUCUGAACGUAACGUUAAGAAAGGAAAAGCUAUAGAAGAUAUAUCAUCGUCUAAUGAUCCAAAUGAUCCGGUUAUUGAAACGAACGAUUCGAUAUCUCAGAAAAUACCCGCGAAAAAGACUCGUGGAAAAACAGUUACGAUAAAGGCGGGAACAACGGAUAACAUCGAAGCCAAAGCAAAACCAAAAACAAGAGCCAAAAAAACUGAAACACCUAAAGAUACAGAUACCGAAGUAGUAUCCACAAAAGAAAAAAAAAAGAAUGUGGCUGAGAAAGUACCUAAGGAAACCAAAACAAAGGUAAAACCAUUAAAGAAAGUUGUAGAAAAAAAUGAUACUAUAGUUGUAGAAGUAAAGAAAAAAACUAAUGCUAAAGCUAAAACAACAGAAAAUAAUAUUUCUAAAGUAGAAAAAUCUACUGUGAAUGAAGAAAAAAAAGCCAAAUCACAAGGUACUAAAAAAAUGCGGAAUCAAGCAGAUAAUGUUCCAGAUGCAAUCGAGAAUAAUGUUGAAGAGACCAAUAAUUCUAAACCAGUUAAAGGAAGACAAAAAAAAGUAAAUAAAGAUAAUGCAAUUAUAACAGAUACUUCAAAGAAAGGACGUGGUAAAAAGGAAACAGUAACGGCUGUUGUAAAAAAUGUGGAGGAGAAAGAAUCAGAAAAUGCUGAAUUAUCAUCGUCAGAAGAAGAGAAGGAAUCAGAAUCAGUUGAAGUAUUAUCAAAAACUAAUAAUGUCCAAAAAUUGACAAAUAAUACUGAUAAUGAGUCACCAAAUUCUGAAAAUGAAGAUUCAACAGAAUUAGAUACUCCAGGUUUAAAUAAAAAUAAGAUAGAAGAUUCUAUAUCAGAUGGCAAAGAUAAUGCCUCAACAAGUGAAUAGUAAAUGUUAAUGAUGCAAAGGUACGGAAAGGGAGAAAACUAUUAUCACAAAAAAGAAGGAACAAAAACAGUACCUUACAUUCUUAAAGAAGUUAUAUUUUUUAAAAACUAAAUGAAGAAUACUAUUGGACUUGAUUCAUAUAAUCCUUUCUAGUCCUAACGUUUUAUUCACAAGAUUCUUAUUUGUCACAUUAAUGGAAUAACUCUUAAGUUUAUUUUUUUUUAAUAGUAUUGUGUAAGUUAUGUCUUAAAUAAAAUAGAAAUGUUAAUGCUUAAGGAAA